AUGGGCGCAUCCUUCGCCGGGUCGGCGGGCUUCGUCGUGCGCUUCGACGGCCAGGAAGGGCUCGAGGCCUGCGUCGAGAAGCUGCUCGCGCGCGCGGAGACGCGGCCGCUCGCGACGGCCUUCGUGCUCAACGUCCUCGUCGUCGCGCCCCGGGACGAGGGCGUGCCCGAGGCCGUGCGCCUCGUCCUCGCGAAGAAGCGGCGAAACGACCUCGGCGGCGACGCGGACGACGACGGCGACGAGUCGGACGGCGAGGCCUACGCCGCGCUCUUCAACAGCAACACACAGCCCGCGGCGCCGUCGCCCGUGCCGCGGCUGAACCUCGGCGGCGACGACGCGGCGGACGGCGCCUACGCCGUCGACUGGCACCGCGACGCGACGCUGGGCCUCGCGGCCGGCGCGACGGCGUCGCCGCCGCUCGCGGCGCGCGUCGCCGUGCUCUACGUGAACGCGCCGGAGGCGACGGGCGGCGAGCUCUGCCUCCGCGAGCCCGCCCGGCCCCUCUGGCGCCGCGACGCCGCGCGGCCGCGGCCCGUGGACCGCAAGAUCCGGCCGCGCGCGAACCGCCUCGUCGUGUUUCGCGGCGACGCGGAGCACGCGGUCGCCGCCUUCGCGCCCGCGGCGUCCGGCGGCGCCUUCGGCGGCGCCCGCGUCAGCGUCGUCCUCGAGCAGUACGCCGUGCCCCCGGGCCUCCGGCCCUUCACGAUCGACUUCGAGAUCGUCGACGGCGCGGACUACGCGCGGCAGCUCCUCCUCGUCGGCGCGGCCACCGCCGCCGCCUCGGACCUCGUGACCGAGCACGCGCUCGCAUUGCACGACAAGGCCCUCAACGCGACGGGCAUCCUCGACCUCGUGGCCCUCGACGUGAACUUCAUCGAGGACUGGUCCUCGGGCGCCUGCCCCGCGGACGCGUCCCACGGCGGCCUCAACGGCUGCGUCGCGGACCGCUUCUUCCUCUGCGCCGAGAAGACGCUACCCGCCGCGGACGCGUGGCCGUUCAUCCACUGCGGCUACCAAUACCAGAAGUGCCUCAUGCUCUCACGUUGA